AUGGUGAUACUGCCGCGUGCAUUGGCACGGUUUUGUCAAGGAUCAGCCCAUAUUGCACGUAUGAAGGUUCCGGGGCGAUGGUAUGCUGCUGCUGUAGGAGCCAAGGUGGUCCCUGGAAAGAUUGAUAAAAGUGUUAUUGAAGAAGACGCUGAAAAGCUCUGCAAAUACGUCUGUAUAAACUACUUCAUUCAAGGUUUGGCUUUGCUCAUUUUGAGUUCCCGUGCUGGAGUAGCUCAAGCUUGCUCCUUCAUAUUUAUAUAUUUGUUCGUAUACGGGAUUGUCGCCUAA